AUGGCCUCAGCAGCAACCGCUCCUAACGGCGCAACCGAGGGCGAUUUCCAGGCCGUGUGGGCGAACAAGUACCGUGGUGCUACGGUAGAAGAUCUCGACCCUCCUCCUGCGCUCUCCGUACAACCCACCGAUCCCAUAUCAUGGGCGCUCAUGUCUGGUCUCGAGCGUGAUUACACACACCUUACCGUCAUAUCGCAAGAGAACCGCGCACUCCUAGGAUAUAUCAGCAUCCCACGCUUGCAGCAGCUCCUGAAAGAAAGCAAGGUCAAAGAAAGCGAUCCAGUACAAGAGGCUAUGCACAAAUUCCAACGUCGCGGCCGGAGGUACAAGGUCAUUACUACCGAGACCGAGUUGGAGGAGCUGGAAGAGUUCUUCAAGGGCGGCGUAGAUGGAAGCGGAGCGCAAGAUUUCGCUGUCGUCACAGAUGCAAGUAGGAAAUUUGUACUGGGCGUCGCUACCAAACCAGACUUGGAAAACUUUGCAAAGCGAAGGGCUUAA